UUUGAACUACUCAUUAUUUGUAGUUUGGGUUUUAUAAAAUUCUUAGAAGGACUAUUUUACAAAUUCACCUAAAUUCUAUCGGGAUACUAGAUAAUGAUUUAGGCGAUUCAUGAAGUGGCUAUUGUCUACGUCAGCGAAUCCCCUUUGCUUCGCAGAAUAUUUUUUCCUUCUGUCAUACUGACACUUUCUUUGACAGACAGUCCCAGUUUUGACAUUUUCAAUCCAACAAGACGAAAAUUCUAAUUUGUUUCUGACGGGAAGUAAAUAUAAAUAAAACAAAAUUAUCGACUUAUCCUUUGUAAAGAAUGGAAGGCAUUCUCUGGAAGUGGACUAACUAUUGGAACGGCUGGCAAACAAGGUGGUUCGUAUUAGAUAAUGGCAUUAUUUCAUACUACAAGUCGCAGGAAGAGGUCAGCCAAGGAUGCAAAGGGUCUGUCAAAGUUUCAGUUUGUCAAAUAAAUGUAAAUAAUAUAGACAACACAAGGCUGGAUCUUGUGAUACCAGGUCAGCAGCAUAUGUACUUGAGAGCACCUUCUCCUCAAGACAGACAAAAAUGGCUGGUCGCAUUGGGAAGCGCCAAAGCCUGUGUUGAUUCAAAAGAAUUAAAAGUUGCAGCAUUAGAAGACACCAGUUCCUUGAGCCACAAGAAAUCUGAACUACGCUUAUAUUGUGAUCUGAUGAUGCAACAAGUACAUGCUGUGAAAAGUGCAGCCACAGCAGAGGGUGGGCCAGAAAUACAGAAAAUUGACGACGCGUCGAGUUUAUUAACUGCAACAUGUGAUACAUUCAUAAGAACAUUAGAAGAUAUUAUGAGGCUAACAUCUAGCGCUGGUGUUAUCGCCGUACCCUACGAGAUGCCCAUACCAAAUAUAACAAAAAACAACAAUUCAACCAAGACCCCCAGACAAAGUAUAAGCAGAACAUUAUCACAAGAAAAUAGAUGAAAUGUUAGUUGUUUCAACAACUCCAUAGAUAUUAGGAUCAAUAAUUAUCAAGUCUACUUAACUGGCAAUAAGAAUUUAUGCUUCUAAAUAAUAUAUACCAAUAUAAAUGUACUGCAAAAUUUAUAGUUUGAGAAAAAAAAUAAAAAAGAAAUUAUGAAAUAGGUUAACGCAUUUUCUACGAUUCAACCAUUCCAAUUCAAGAUUCGGUAUCAUCAUAUUAUAAAUAAAAUAAAAAGGAUAUUAGUAUAAUUAUUAUCUAUGAUAUUGUAAUGAUCUUACCACAAUCUAUUUGAAUAUAAAUUACGUCACCAGUAUUAUUUAAUGUUAUACAAAAAGAUCUUAUAUACAUAUCUAUGUAUUGUACUUAAAAGUUACUAAAACCUAUUUGGUUUGAUUAGUGAACAUUUUAUGUUAACCUUUGUACUUAUAGCACUUGCAUAAUAUUAUAUUCCUGUGAUAUAAAUAAGUGUAUAGCAGUUUAUCACAAUGUAACAAUUAAUAAGUUUUUUUUUUCUUGUCAUUGUAUUUUAUAUACACGAAAGAAAAGGUUUGUUUUGUUUAUGUAUUCAUAAUAAAUUGUUAGUGUGUAAAAUUCUGAUAUGAAUUUUUGUAGUCAUUUUGUAACUUAUUUUUAUGGAAGUUAAAUUGUUGUUUUAUGUUUGUAUUUCUAUUACAUUUAAUAUUGUUAGUAAUGCAAGUAAGUAAGGUACCGCAGAAUAGUUAAAAAAAAAUACAAGAAUUGUAUAAAUACAUUCCAUGUGUCAAAUUGAUGAUUCCUCAUACAAUAAAAUAUAUUGCUAUUUGUUAGUAAUUUGGCAAAAUCUUGUGUUCAAUUAUAUAAAAUACUUUUCCAUGAAUAAACAAUAUAUCAAAUGAUGUAUAAUAAAAAAACGUAGCUAAAAGAA